AAUAUAGAGAGAGCAGUGCGCGCCGCCAAUGAGCGCGCUUGACCCUGAAGCAUCAGUUGGAGAUCACGGUGACGAGCAACACACGCAGCAGGCAUCACGUAGACGAAGAUCCCCGCUGCACGAACAUAACACAAGAUUAUAUAAUUACAAUCUUGCAAGAUGUCCAAGCCACUGACGGACCAAGAGAAGAGGAAGCAAAUUUCCGUGCGGGGUCUCGCCGGAGUUGAAAACGUCGCAGACCUUAAGACCAAUUUUAAUCGCCAUCUGCACUUCACUUUGGUUAAGGACCGCAAUGUUGCAACGAAGCGCGACUAUUACUUCGCCCUGGCGCACACCGUCCGCGACCAUUUGGUGGGAAGAUGGAUCCGGACCCAGCAGCAUUACUACGAAAAAGACCCGAAACGUGUGUACUACCUCUCUCUGGAAUUCUACAUGGGACGAACCCUUCAAAACACCAUGGUAAACUUAGCUUUGGAGAAUGCCUGCGACGAGGCCAUUUAUCAGCUGGGUCUGGAUAUGGAGGAGCUGCAGGACAUUGAGGAGGACGCUGGCCUGGGGAACGGAGGCCUUGGUCGUCUGGCAGCUUGCUUCCUGGACUCCAUGGCAACUCUGGGUCUGGCAGCAUAUGGAUAUGGAAUCCGCUAUGAGUUUGGAAUCUUUAAUCAGAAAAUUGUGAAGGGUUGGCAGGUAGAGGAGGCAGAUGAUUGGCUGCGCUAUGGCAACCCUUGGGAAAAGGCCCGGCCUGAAUACAUGCGUCCGGUGCAUUUCUAUGGUCGCGUGGAGCACCACCCGGAUGGAGUGAAAUGGGUGGACACACAGGUCGUCCUUGCCCUCCCAUAUGACACUCCUGUCCCAGGAUACAGGAACAACAUUGUUAACACAAUGAGGCUCUGGUCUGCCAAAGCUCCAUGUGAAUUCCAUCUCAAAGACUUUAAUGUCGGUGGUUACAUCCAGGCCGUUCUGGACAAGAAUCUGGCUGAAAACAUUUCCCGUGUGCUUUACCCUAAUGACAAUUUCUUUGAGGGUAAAGAGCUGCGUCUGAAGCAGGAGUAUUUUGUGGUGGCCGCGACUCUCCAGGAUAUCAUUCGCAGGUUUAAAGCCUCCAAGUUUGGUUCAACUGAAAUAGUGCGCAUGGAUCUGUCCACACUGCCAGAUAAGGUUGCUAUUCAGCUGAAUGACACUCAUCCUGCAAUGGCAAUCCCUGAGCUGAUGAGGAUACUGGUGGAUGACGAGAAACUGACUUGGGAUGUGGCCUGGGACAUCACUGUGCGUACUUGCGCAUAUACAAACCACACUGUCUUACCAGAAGCUCUGGAGCGCUGGCCUGUGGACCUCUUCCAAAACCUCUUGCCCCGCCACCUGGAAAUCAUCUAUGAGAUUAACAGACGUCAUAUGGAGCGGAUCUCUGCGCUCUACCCUGGUGAUUUUGAUCGUUUGAGGCGCAUGUCUCUCAUAGAGGAAGGAGGUCAGAAGAAGAUCAACAUGGCUCACCUCUGCAUCGUUGGCUCACAUGCCGUCAAUGGCGUGGCACAGAUCCACUCGGACAUUAUUAAAGACACCGUAUUUAAGGACUUCUAUGAUGUGGACCCACAGAAGUUUCAGAACAAGACCAAUGGCAUCACACCUCGUCGCUGGCUCGUCAUGUGCAACCCUGGACUGGCCGAGGUUAUCGCUGAGAGAAUUGGUGAAGACUACAUCCGUGAUCUGAGCCAGUUGAAGAAGCUCUUGAAGUUUGUGGAUGAUGAUGCUCUAAUUCGAGACAUUGCCAAAGUCAAACAGGAGAAUAAGAUGAAAUUUGCCGUGCAUCUCGAGGAACAGUACAAGGUGAAGAUCAAUCCCAACUCCAUGUUUGACGUCCAUGUGAAGAGGAUCCAUGAAUACAAAAGACAGUUGUUGAACUGUCUGCACAUCAUCACUCUCUACAACCGCAUCAAGAAGGAGCCUAACAAGGCCUGGACUCCUAGGACCAUUAUGAUUGGAGGAAAGGCCGCUCCUGGAUAUCACACAGCUAAGAUGAUCAUCAAACUAAUCACGUCAAUCGGAGACGUGGUAAAUAAUGAUAUCGUGGUUGGAGAUCGCCUGAAAGUCAUCUUCCUUGAGAACUACAGGGUUACACUGGCUGAGAAAGUCAUCCCGGCGGCUGACCUGUCUGAGCAGAUUUCCACAGCAGGAACAGAAGCUUCUGGAACAGGCAACAUGAAGUUCAUGCUGAACGGAGCUCUGACCAUCGGCACCAUGGAUGGGGCUAAUGUGGAGAUGGCUGAAGAGGCGGGAGAAGAAAACCUCUUCAUCUUCGGCAUGAGAGUGAAGGAUGUGGAGGCUAUGGAUAAGAAAGGAUACGAUGCCAUGGAGUAUUAUAACCGCAUUCCAGAACUGAAGCAAGCCAUGGAUCAGAUUUCUGGAGGAUAUUUCAGCCCUGCAGACCCUGACCAGUUUAAAGACAUUGUCAACAUGCUGAUGCAUCAUGACAGGUUCAAGGUGUUUGCUGACUAUGAAGACUACAUCCAAUGUCAGGACAAAGUCAGUGCCCUCUAUAAGAAUACUAAAGAAUGGACCAAGAUGGUAAUCCACAACAUUGCCGGCUGUGGCAAAUUCUCCAGCGACCGCACCAUCAGUCAGUACGCCCGUGAGAUCUGGGGCAUGGAGCCCAGUCUGGAGAAGAUCGCAGCUCCAGACGACUCCCGCUAAACCCUUUCCACGGUCUAAAUCUCUGCCUGUCGAUGCUCAAGACUUGUUCUUCCACCCGUAGAGCUUCAUCCUUCAGCACUUUAGGCAUGAUCUGUCACUUUUGUCCUGAUACUGUAGCUCUUCCCACAUACGCAUCUACUUGUAACUCUGUUUUCACACCACACACGACAAGACCUGCAGGAAUGAUGGGGCCCUGCAGAAAAACUUGAGUCCAGGAAGGCUGCAAAACUAAUAUAGCACUGAAGUGUGAUUCUGCGCACCUGCGUUAGAGACCAUGAAAUGUAUUUAUCUGUAUUUUAAGAUAGAAUUAUAUAUGAAGAUCUUGUAACAGUGUAUUAUGCAUUGCUCUUGGAUUUGCAGGAAGGGGCUACUUAGAAAACUGUACUUUAGAUCCACAACUAAACUAGGAAUAUGAUCUUGGUUUAGUGGUAUUGGAGUUUUUAUUUGUGGUUUCUUGUUACCAACCUGUCCCCCUUCAAUGAUCGAUGAAGAUCUUUGUUCUCUCUGAAUGUUUGCUUAUAUUGUGAUAACGCACACAAAACAGACCUGCUGAUACCCUUCAAGAGUGCAUUAAGAGUGUAAAGAAAUAAAACAGUAACUAAUCA